AUGGAGGAACUCGACGGCGAGCCGACCGUCACUUUGAUUCCGGGAGUGAAUUCAAAGAAGAAGCAAAUGUGUUUUGACUGGGGUCCAGGGGAGAUGCUGGUGUGUGAAACCUCCUUCAACAAAAAAGAAAAAUCAGAGACCGAGCCAGGCUGCCCCUUUAUCUAUAUCAUCCGAAAGGAUAUAGAUGUUUACUCUCAGAUCUUGAGAAAACUCUUCAAUGAAUCCCAUGGAAUCUUUGUGGGCCUCCAGAGAAUUGAAGAAGAGUUGACUGGAAAAUCCAGAAAAGCUCAGUAAGUAGGCUCCUGAUAGGUGCUGAAGUCCACAAGUAAAUUGUGAAAACCAAAUGAAAUGCAUUGUUUUGCUGCUAAAGAUCCAGUCAGUGGUCGCCAGUUCAGCAGCCAGGUCUCCAUUUUGUCAGCAAUGGAGCUCAUUUGGAACCUUUGUGAGAUUCUUUUUAUUGAAGUAGCCCCAGCUGGCCCUCUCCUUCUUCACCUCCUUGACUGGGUCCGACUGCAUGUGUGUGAAGUGGACAGUUUGUUGGCAGAUGUCCUGGGCAGUGAGAAUCCAAGCAAACAUGAGAGCUUCUGGAAGUUGGUGACCAUCUUGGUACUACAGGGCCGGCUAGACGAGGCUCGGCAGAUGCUCUCCAAGGAAGCCGACGCCAGCCCCUCCUCUGCAGGCAUGUGCCGAAUCCUAGGGGACCUGAUGAGGACAAUGCCCGUUCUCAGUCCUGGUAACACCCAGACGCUGACAGAGCUGGAGCUCAAGUGGCAGCACUGGCAUGAGGAAUGUGAGCGUCACCUCCAGGACAGCACGUUUGCUGCCAGUCCUCACCUGGAGUCUCUCUGCAAGAUCAUGCUGGGGGAUGAAGCUGCCUUGUUGGAGCAGAAGGAGCUUCUGAAUAACUGGUAUCAUUUCCUAGUGACCCGGCUCCUGUACUCUCAUCCCACAGUAAAACCCAUUGACCUGCAUCUCUAUGCCCAGUCCAGCCUUGACCUGUUUUUGGGAGGUGAGAGCAGCCCGGAACCCUUGGACAACAUCUUGUUGGCAGCCUUUGAGUUUGACAUCCACCAAGUGAUCAAGGAGUGCAGCAUUGCUCUAAGCAACUGGUGGUUUGUGGCCCAUCUGACAGACCUGCUGGAUCACUGCAAGCUCCUCCAGUCGCACAACCUCUACUUCGGAUCUAACAUGAGAGAGUUCCUCCUGUUGGAAUAUGCCUCGGGACUGUUUGCUCAUCACAGCCUGUGGCAGCUGGGAGUGGAUUACUUUGACUACUGCCCUGAGCUGGGCCGAGUUUCUUUGGAGCUGCACAUUGAGCGGAUCCCCCUGAGCACUGAGCAGAAAGCCCUUAAGGUGCUUCGGAUUUGUGAGCAGCGGCAGAUGACUGAGCAAGUUCGCAGCAUUUGUAAGAUCUUAGCUAUGAAAGCUGUCCGCAACAAUCGCCUGGGCUCUGCGCUGUCUUGGAGCAUCCGAGCCAAAGAUGCUGCUUUUGCCACGCUGGUGUCAGACAGGUUCCUCAAGGAUUAUUGUGAGCGAGGCUCCUUUUCUGAUCUGGAUCUCAUUGACAACCUGGGGCCAGCCAUGAUGCUCAGUGAUCGACUGACCUUCUUGGGAAAAUACCGCGAGUUCCACCGAUUUUACGGGGAGAAGCGUCUUACUGAUGCAGCUUCUCUUCUCCUGUCACUGAUGACUUCCCAGAUUGCCCCACGGUCCUUCUGGGUAAUACUACUAAUAGACGCCCUGCCCCUUUUGGAAGAGAAAGAGGUGGUUUUUUCAGCAGAGCAAACAUAUGAGCUGAUGAGAUGUCUAGAGGACUUCGCCUCAAGAAGGCCAGUGUGGAGAGAGCCUGGUGUUCAGCGACUCCAGGAGGAUGUCGAGAACACCAAGUUGGAAAUGCUGAGACUUGCUCUUGCACGAAAUCUUGGCCGGGCCAUUAUUAAAGAAGGCUCAUUGGAAGGCUCCUGAGACCAGCUGAGAGCUGCUUCAACGUGGCACCUUUGUAUGGCAAUGUAUAUACAUUUCUGAAAGAAUAAAUUUUUCCCCCCUUAAUAGAAGGCAAGUUCCUAGAGUCC